UUAUUUAUUUCUUUACUUUUUUUAAUCAUUCAUAAUUCCAAUAUAUUUAAGAAUAACAAAUAAAUUUCAUAUAAAUUAAUUCAAUUACAUGUACAUAAUCAAUUAAAUAUAUCUAAUCAAUAUUUAAUAGUCAUUGAAAAUAUUUGUACAACUUUUGUUCCUAUUUACGAAACAAUAUAUAUCGUUGAAAAAGAAUAUCUUCUGUUGAAAAAAAAAAGAAUAAAAAUGUAUAUAGAUAUAUAAUAUUCACUUAAUGCAACAAGUAAAUAAAUAAAAAGAAAAAGGAAAAACGAAUAAGAGAAAUGUUCAAGAAAUAGAAAAGGGAUAGAAAAGAAUAGAGAAGAAUAGUGAAAUGCAGAAAAGAGAGAGAGAGAAUAGACUAGAAAAUGGAAGGAGGUAUACUCGGAUGCGCGAUGCGCAGUCGUAUUGAUAUACAUGUAGAAUUGUUCGCGACGUGGUCUGUUGAGUGGUCAUACACAACCGGUUGUUUUCUUAUGACUAACACGUUCAAGUGAUACAUGAUUCCCUUUUAUCGAUCGUGUUUUAGAAAUAGAAAUAAAUUGUUAAGUUUCCAUCAAUUUUUUUUUUAAAUUUAUUUCGCUGACAAAAAGUGCAUCUCAAUUCAACGUUUCAAUAUAUAUAAAUUAUACGUGCUGUCAAACGUCGUGCCGUAUGAUAGUUUUUCAUCAUUCCUGUCACUAUUUAUAUAUUUUACAGAAUCAGUGCAAAAAGGGAUUAUUAUCUUGAUUAUUAUUCGAGAUGUUCAGUUGGUUAAGUCGGGAAGAAAGUGGUAAACAGGAUCUCUUUGAAAAUGUUGCUGAUGGCCUCAAAAAAAUAUACAAAUCGAAAUUAUUGCCUCUUGAACAGCAUUAUCAAUUCCAUGAUUUUCAUUCACCUCAACUUGACGAUCCAGAUUUUGAUGCAAAACCCAUGAUCCUUUUGGUGGGUCAAUAUUCCACAGGCAAAACCACUUUCAUCAAAUAUUUGCUAGAACGAGACUUCCCUGGAAUAAGAAUUGGACCUGAACCAACGACAGAUCGCUUUAUUGCAGUUAUGUACAAUGAGAAAGAGGGUGUAAUCCCUGGGAAUGCUUUAGUUGUUGACCCAAACAAGCAGUUUCGUCCACUUUCUAAAUUUGGAAAUGCUUUCCUUAAUAGAUUUCAAUGUUCUACGGUCGCAUCUCCUGUUUUAAAAGGCAUAUCUAUAGUUGAUACACCUGGUAUCUUAUCAGGUGAAAAACAGAGAGUGGACAGAGGUUAUGACUUUACUGGUGUUAUGGAAUGGUUUGCCGAACGAGUAGAUAGAAUCAUCUUAUUAUUUGAUGCUCAUAAACUUGACAUUUCUGAUGAAUUCAGACGUUUGAUCGAGGCAUUACGUGGUCAUGAUGAUAAAAUUAGAAUUGUUCUCAAUAAAGCUGAUAUGAUUGAUCAUCAACAACUCAUGAGAGUAUAUGGAGCAUUAAUGUGGUCUUUAGGAAAAGUUUUACAAACUCCUGAAGUAGCUAGAGUAUAUAUUGGCUCAUUCUGGGAUCAGCCUUUAAGAUAUGAUGUAAACAAAAGAUUAUUCGAAGAUGAGGAACAAGAUUUAUUUAAAGAUAUGCAAUCGUUACCAAAAAAUGCAGCGCUUAGGAAGCUUAAUGACUUGAUUAAACGUGCACGGUUAGCAAAGGUGCAUGCUUAUAUAAUCAGUGCUUUAAGAAAAGAUAUGCCCAGUGUAUUUGGUAAAGAUACUAAAAAAAAGGAACUUAUAAAAAAUUUGGGUCAAAUUUAUGAUCAAAUACAAAGAGAACAACAGAUUUCACCUGGCGAUUUUCCAGACUUGAAAAAAAUGCAAGAAUUCUUAGCUCAUCAUGAUUUUAGUAAAUUCAAUACUUUGAAACCUAAAUUGUUAGAAGUGGUUGAUAAUAUGCUUGUUAAAGAUAUUGCUCAACUUAUGAGUAUGAUUCCUCAUGAAGAAAUUGGUACAACAUCAGAUUUAUUCGUGAAAGGCGGUGCAUUUGAAGGAGUGGUUGAUCAAGUGAGUCCAUUUGGAUAUAAACGAGGGGAAGGUAUCGAUGCUGGUGCAGGUGAACCGGAAUGGAUAGUUAAUAAGGAAAGAUAUAAAUAUAAUGCAAUAUUCGAAAAACUCGGCCCAUGUGAUGGAAAAAUCACUGGUGCAGCGGCUAAAUCGGAAAUGGUAAAAUCAAAAUUACCGAACAAUGUACUUGGAAGAAUUUGGAAAUUAUCCGAUAUAGAUAAAGAUGGAUUUUUAGAUUCUGAUGAAUUUGCUUUAGCGAUGCAUUUAAUUAAUGUAAAACUCGAAGGUUAUGAUCUACCUGCAGAAUUACCAGAUCAUUUAAUACCGCCAUCGAAGCGGAAUGCAUAAUUUAAUUUUCAAUAUUAUAUUCAUAUCUGUUCAUUAAUAUGGUUUGAUGUAUGUUGGUAUAUGUUUACUACGCACACAUACAAUUAUAUUUAUUGAUAUAUAUAUAUAUAUAUAUAAAUAUACAUGUAUAUGUAUAUUUAUAUAUAUAUAUAUAUAUACAUAAUUCGCCAAUACAACAUCGCCAAAUAUCAAGUCGAUCAAAUUGCUAAAUUUAUUAAAUGUUCGGAAGAGUAUGCGAUAGUCAUAAAUUUUAUUUCGUUAAAUAUUUUUAUAAUUUUCAUCUAAUUAAAAUGCAAAAAAUUUGGAAAAAAAAAUAAUAAUAAAAUGGUUUUUCUUAAAUUGCAAAUUGUUUUUCACGCAUUAUUCACUGCUUUCGAAAUAUGCCACAUACUCUUUCGAGUUAUGUUUUCUAUAUUCAAACAUUUGGAUUUUUGAUAAAAGUACAAACUUUUUCUCGUCUUUUUUUUCUUUCUUUACUUCAUUCAGAAAUUAAUAAUAAAACUCUGUUAAUUUGAAUAUUUUUUAUGAAUUGUAAACACUUAGAUAUGUGAAAAAAAAUAAAAUUAUAUAGAUAAUGAAGAACGAACGAAUGAAUGAAUGAGAGAAUACACGCGCGCGCGUAUGUAAUAUAUUUUUCUUGAAUUUUUUGAAUAUAAUUGUUGAUACAAAUUAUUAUUAUUAUUAUUAUUAUUAUUACAAUUAUCAUAAUAAUUAUUAUUAUUGUUAUUAUAUUUAUUAUUAUAAUAAUUAUUAUUAUGAAAUUUUAUUAUUAUUUAAUUAUUAAAACUGAUUAAUUAUUAUUAUUAUUAUUAUUAUAGCAUAUUAUUAUAUCAUUAAAUCUUAGAAGUGUAUAAAUUCAUUGUAUCACUCCAUGACUAAUGUUUUAAUUUUUUUAAUUUAACAAAUAUGUGAAUUUUUCCUGUUUUAUAAAAACAGGAAAAAAGUGUAAAAGUAUAAGAUGUUUAUAUUUUCUAAUCAUAUAGUUGUGUGUACACAAAUGUUCGAUAAAGCAAAAGUGAUAUAUCUUUAACAAAUAUCUUAAUCUAUGAUCAAACAAAGUAAGUUGUUCUUUGGUAUUAAUAGAAAUUUCCAUGGAAUGAAAUCGUUAUCGUAUCGCAAAAAUAUAUGUAAUGAUACGAAUCGUAUCUAAAAAAUGUAAUGAUAUUGAAUCAUUUUAUAUAUUUUUUAUUUCUCUAUCUAUACACUAUAUAUUUUUAACAAAAAUUAUUAAUAUUAAUCGAUAAUGUAAACACAUUUUAAUUUUAAAAAAGAAAACAGAAAAUUGAUAAAAUGACGAAUAUAUUUGAAUAAAUUUUUUAAUAAAUUAUAUUUAAAAAAUAACACUGCAACUGAAAAAUAAAAAUAUCUCAAGAAAUCAAA